UUAACUCAUUUAAGUUAACAUCAUCAAGAACCUGGAAUGUGGGUGUAGGUAGAAAUUGUUCACCUAGUGUAUGCAACAAAGAUGACAAACUCGGACAUGUGGGGUGUGCCAGUACUGAUUGGGGUAGGUGUGGUAGCUGUCACUGCUGUCCUAGCAAAGAUGUUCUUGUUUGGAAACAAGAAGAAAGCCAAGUCCCCCAUAACACUACAGGACCCCAAUACCAAGUACCCCCUCAAACUGGUGGAUAAAGAGGAAGUCAGUCAUGAUACAAGAAGAUUUCGUUUUGCCCUUCCAAGUCCAGAGCAUAUCUUGGGACUACCUGUUGGUCAACAUAUUUACCUGACCGCUCGGAUAGACGGACAGCUGGUGAUCCGCCCCUACACCCCGGUAUCUAGUGACGAUGAAAAGGGGUACAUGGACCUCGUCAUUAAGGUUUACUUCAAGAAUGUCCACCCUAAGUUUCCUGAGGGUGGUAAAAUGUCCCAGCACUUGGAGAACAUGUCUAUAGGGGACUACAUUGAUGUGAGGGGACCUAAUGGUUUACUGGUGUAUGAAGGAAAAGGUGUGUUCAAGGUGCGCCCGGACAAGAAGUCUCCACCUGAGACAGUGACAGCUAGGAAUGUGGGAAUGAUCGCGGGAGGGACGGGAAUUACUCCCAUGCUUCAGCUCAUCAGGGAGGUGUUCAAAGACCCAGAGGACAAAACUAACCUCUCUCUUCUCUUUGCUAAUCAGACAGAAGAUGACAUUCUGUUGAGAACGGAGCUAGAAGGUUUACAAGAGAGCUACCCAACUCGUCUCAAGGUGUGGUACACCUUAGAUAGACCAACAGAAGGUUGGAAGUACAGUAAGGGGUUUGUCAGUGAUGAGAUGAUAAAGAACCACCUCCCUCCCCCUAGUAAUGACACUGUCAUCCUGAUGUGUGGCCCCCCUCCCAUGAUCAACUUCGCCUGCCAGCCAAACCUGGACAAACUCGGAUACAGCCAGAAGUCCAGAUUCGCCUACUAAACAGGGCUUUCAUUGUUUAAGACCAGGUGUAUGGUUGGUUGUGGAUUGUAUGUUUAAAUUAUUUGGUAAAUGAUGUGCAAUCAAGAUUUUUGCAGAGGGAUUCGAUAAAAAUGACAGAAAAGGCACUUUAUAGCCUUGAGAAAUGAGAAUGCCUGCAGUGAAUGGCCAAGCUAGAUUUUUUUAUUUGAUGCAAUAUAUGCCAGCCUGCCUAAGUAAAUUAUUUGUUAUGAUAUAAAAAACUCAUUUAUAUUGUUGCUGGGCAUUGUCUUACAGUACAAGUAACUGUACUACUGUGUAGUGUACUUUGUAAUAUAUUAAUUCACUUUACUUAUAGGUAAUAAAUUUAUUUCUACUUUCGUAAAA